CUAAUCACCCUUAAGAGUAGUCCCCUCAUCUGUUGCAUUAAAUGGAGCUUUGUCUUCACACAUUCUCUCAUACAUAUCUUACCAUCGUUAUUAGCAACUUUCUCAUUCUAUCACGGUUUAGUUUCUGCACAAACUGAGGACAACUCGGCAACUAGUUAGCUCAAGAACAAAUAUACAUUCACUAGAAAAAUGGUGAUCAUGGAACGCACAGAGAUUGACACUCGUGCCCCAUUCAAGUCUGUUAAAGAAGCAGUUAUGUUGUUCGGAGAAAAAGUAUUAGUUGGGGAAAUUUAUGCCAACAAGCUCAAAGAGAAGAAGAUGUGUGUAGUUUGUUAAUUAAUUUUUCUCGUGAUCAUGCAUGUGUCUGGACUGAUUAAGAUGCAAGUUGAAGGGAGUGCACAAACCAGAGGUGGGGCAAUGGCUGCUGAGCUAGAAGAAACAAAGCAAAGUCUUGAGGGAGCCAGAGAAGAAGCUAGCAUGCUGGUUCAGCGCAUCAAGACCCUGAAGAAGGAACUGGAACAGACAAAGAAAGAACUUGAAGACACAAAAGCAAGGGAGAAAAGGUUGCUGCAGGGACGGGAUGAUCCAGAGAUUGAAGACCUCAAGUUCAUUGCAAAUGCAACCAAUGUGGAAACCAAAACACCAAGCAAUGAGGAGAGUGUUGAGUUUCAAAAGAGAAGAUAUGUGAAAUUCGCUAGUCCUCAUGCACUUGCUCAUGUGAUUCCUAACAGGGGUGAAUUGCUUGGGAGACCCCCUUCUGUCAAGAAGACUAAGAGGAAGCCAUUGAUGCCUUUGAUAGGAUGGCUUUUCUCUAAAAAGAAAGGAAGCCAUGAAAUUGACUCUCCCAGACCCUGAAAAGUGCUUCUCACCUUCCUAGUUGCCUAACUUGCUUCUGUUCUUCUUGAGUUUUCCACAAACAUGUGUUGGGUGCCAUCAGUUUUCAGAUUAAUAAUCACCCCUCGUUUUUUUUUUCUUUUUUGUGUGUUGUCAACAAGUAAAUACAGCACAGAAAUCUUUGCUUUUUUAUCUGUAGAUUUAUUUCAUUUUGACUAAUAGUCAUAAGCCCCUUUAUCCGUCA